GAAGCGACAGCGUGACGUCACGUCUUGAUGGAAAUGAGUGCCAGUGAAGCCACGCCCUGCCCCGGUGACGUCAGACGAAGCUCGGCAGUUUUCCUCUUGAAGCCUCCGGGCUGAAGCGGCGGAGACUCGCAUCCAACGCGACCAGGAGCGACUGGAGGAUCGAGACGCGCGGCUGUUUGCGUCGAAAUCAAACCCAGAAUUCCUGGCAGGCAGAGAGCCUGGUCAGCUGCUGACAUCCAUUAUUGCCUGGAGAUAAAAAGUGCCCUGGCAGAGUCGUGGAAGUCACUACAUCAUGGCCGCUCAUAGAAUCAGAGCCAACAACAACGCUUCUCUUCCUCGCUGCAAAUCGGAGGGGACACUCGUCGAUCUCAGUGAGGGAGUGUCGGAGGCUCGUCUGACAGAUGUCAAAGUGCCUUCUCCUAGUGCCUUACGACUGGAUACCACUGCUUCUUUUGGUGCUGCCAGGGAAGUUGUAGCCAUAAAGGACUACUGCCCAUCCAGCUUCACCACUCUCAAGUUCUCUAAGGGCGACCUCCUCUAUGUUCUUGACUCAUCUGGGGGUGAGUGGUGGUAUGCUCACAACAAUACAGAAAUGGGUUACAUCCCCGCAGCCUAUGUGGAACCCAUCAACUACAGAGACUCGUCCUUCAGCGACAGCGGGAUGAUAGACACAGUAUCAGACUGUAACGAGGAGGGAGCUAAAGAAAUGGACCUGUUAGGAGAGUGGACCGGAGAAAUUCUAAAACCGACCACUUUUCAAAAUGGAAAUCCUUUUGCAACAACCCAUACCUCUACAAAUCCUUUUCUAAACAGGGCUUCUCAGAGUUCCUUGGAUCAGACAAUAAAAGAGAAAUCAAUUGACCUUCUUCUGUUUGAUACACUCUCUUCUUCUGGCCCUAAUUCUACCAGAAACACUGGAGACAAUUGUUUUUCCAGCUAUGUCUGUAGUUUGAACACUCUUAGUCCCUCUGUGGUUGUGGGGCAAACAUUUCAAAGAGACAACCCGUUUUUUAGAAGCAAGCGUUCCUACAGCCUGUCUGAACUGUCCGUCCUUCAGGCUCAGACAGAAAUUCCUCAAGCCUCCAACAGUUUCUUCAGAGGUCUCACAGCACCUGCACCCGAGCAGUUCCAGACGAGGGAGGACUUCCGCGCAGCAUGGCUCAGCCAUCGCAAGUUGGCCAGGUCCUGCCAUGACCUGGAUUCACUGGGUCAGAGCCCUGGCUGGGGUCAAACACAGCCGGUAGAAACCAACAUCGUCUGUCGUCUGGACAGCUCAGGAGGAGCAGUGCAGCUUCCAGACACCAACAUUAGCAUCUUUGUGCCAAAGGGCCAUGUGGCAGCAGGGGACACACAACAAAUCUCAAUCAAAGCUCUGCUCGACUCACCACUUGAACUGAACAGUGAUCGCUGUACCACUGUCAGCCCUGUGGUAGAGAUCAAACUCAGCAACAUGGAGACCAAAACCACCAUCACCCUGGAGAUGAAAGUAUCUGUUGUUGUAAAAAUGGAAAACAGGCAGACAACACAAGUUUUAUGCGUGAGGAGUGAUUGUAAAGAGGGGCCAUAUACCCCCAUUCCUCAGGCCUACACCUAUGGGGACAUGGUUCAGGUGGGCCUGGAUAACCUUGAGCCAUGCAUGUAUGUAUGUGUGGUCACCCAGGCACUGUCUGUACAACCUGAAACAACAGUCUGGGAGCAUGUUGUUAAAAAGAUUACCUUAGGAGUUUAUGGUCCAAAACACAUCCACCCAGCCUUCAAAACUGUGGUGGCCAUGUUUGGCCAUGAAUGUGCUCCAAAGACCCUGUUGGUGAGCGAGGUGGGUAAACAGGCACAGUCUGCACCACCUGUUGCCCUGCAGCUUUGGGGAAAACAUCAAUUUGUCUUGUCAAAACCUCAAGACCUCCAUGUUGAGGUUUACUCCAACAUGGCUAACUAUGAGGUGAAAGCCAGUGAGCAGGCCAGAGUGGUCCGGGGCUUCCAGGUUAGAUUAGGGAAAGUCAGCAGGUUGAUCUACAUGAUUUCCACUCGGGAUGCUGACGAUGUUUCAGAUUUCACUCUAAGAAUCCAAGUCAAAGAUGACCAAGAUUGUAUCCUUGCUCAGUUUUGUGUCCAAACACCAACACCGCCACCUAAAGCAGGUCCAAAGACAUCAGUGCAGCGCCGAUUCCUGAAGAAAAAGGAGUUAGGGAAAAUAGUUUUGUCUCCUCUUGCUGUUGCAACCAAAUACCCUGUUUUCCAGGACAGGAAAAUAAACAACCUAAAGUUUGGGAAAUUAAUCAAAACUGUAAUCAGGCAAAUGAAAAACCAGUACUUGCUUGAAUACAAAAAAGGAGACUUUGUAGCCCUUCUGAGCGAGGAGAUGAUCAAGCUGAAAGGCCAGUUGUGGACAAAAGAGUGGUACAUUGGGUAUUAUCAGGGCAAAAUAGGGCUUGUUCACGCUAAGAAUGUUCUGAUAGUUGGCAAGAUAAAGCCCACUAAUAUCAGCGGGCCUGAACUUACAACCUCAUUGUUACUGGAGCAAAUACUGAAGCCCUGCAAGUUCCUCACAUACAUCUAUGCCUCAGUAAGAACUAUACUGAUGGAGAACAUCGGCAACUGGCGAGUUUUCGCGGACGCUCUUGGAUACGUCAACCUGCCCCUGACACAUUUCUGCCGCACGGAGCUCGACAGUGAGCCAGAGAGGGUGGCGUCGGUCCUGGAGAGGCUAAAGGAGGACUGCAACAAUGCAGAGAGCAAAGAGAGAAAGUCCUUCCAGAAAGAACUCCUGACGGCUUUGUUGAAGAUGGAUUGUCAGGGUCUCGUGGCCAGGCUUGUCAUGGACUUUGUCCUUCUGACCACCGCCGUGGAGGUGGCCGGACGAUGGAGGGACCUAGCUGAGAAGCUGGCAAAGGUUUCCCGGCAGCAGAUGGACGCCUAUGAGGCACCGCACCGUGACAAGCAUGGCGUGGUGGACAGUGAAGCCAUGUGGAAGCCAGCGUAUGACUUCCUGGUCACGUGGGCUGCUCAGAUCGGCGACAGUUACAGGGACGUGAUCCAGGAGCUCCACAUGGGCCUGGACAAGAUGAAGAGCCCCAUCACCAAACGCUGGAAGCACCCCACCGGCACGCUAAUCCUGGUCAACUGCCUGGACCUCCUGCGGAGCUCCGCCUUCAGCUCUGCUUCUCAGGAUGACAAUGCCUUCUGAGUUUGAGCUGCACAUCAACUGACUCUUCUUGAAUGCCUGUAUUUUCUGUUCAUUGUCUGGUGGAACCCAAACAGACUUCUCCUAAGGUCUCCCUAGGACACACACACCCUAGGAACUACAGACAAUGACAUGUUGCACAUGUAAGUAUUUUCAACUCUAGUUUUUAGCACAAACUUUUUGUAGAGCAAAACUUUAAAACCUUUGAUUAAGUACUGUGUUUCAAAUUGAAGGAUCACUUUUUCAAACUAAGACGUUUUACAGUCUCUAUACAGUCUCUAUGUUACAGUCUCACUCUGUAUUUCAUAUGUACAUGAAACCAUAAUGAUCUUUUCCGGUCAUGGUCCUUCUGACUUCAGACAUUCAGCACCACUCUGUCUUGUUGGUAUGGAAGAU